CUAAAGAAAUAUCUCUUGAAAAGUACAGCUUCAACGUUAUUCAGACCUCUAACUUCUCUUUCUCGAUUUCCACUAAUACUGUGAUUACUCAUCAAGAUUUGCUUACACACAUUGGUUCUCUUCAAGACACAGUAGCUGCAAUUGCAAGUUCAUUGAAUCGUUUGGAGAAGAAAACUAAAGAAUAUUCUAGUAGUUCAAGUUGUAAAGGGUGUGCACUUUUUC